UCGCUAUUGGAGAUUCGUUUUUCUCAGGAACUCAGAGGAUUCAGAAGCAGCUAGACAUGUCUUCGUUUGGAGUUGUUGCUGCCCUGAUAUGUCUGGUGAUGUUGCUACAGCCUGUCUAUUUAUGCGGUGAGCAGAACUACAGUACAGAACAGUAUCUACAGGGCGACUCUUGCAAUAGAACAAAACGUAUUGCCAGCAUGCUGGUUUCGUUCAUCAACAACACAGCAGCUGUGAGCAAUGCUGCAGCAGGAUUAAUGAGCUCCGAAUACAUGAUGGUGCUCCUUCCUCUUCUCUACCUCAUUAUUUUCAUUGUGGGUUUGCCUGCCAACAUGUUGGCUUUCUGGGUUCUGAUAAGAAAAAACAAAAUUAUAUCAUCAACUAUUUUCCUGAUCAGUCUGACAGUUGCCGACACCCUUUUGAUCCUGAUGCUGCCAUUUAAGAUUGCUUACCACUUCUCAGGAAACAACUGGAUCUUUGGAGAACACAUGUGCCGGCUAGUCACUGCUUCUUUCUACGGUAACAUGUAUGCCUCAAUUCUUUGUCUAAUGUGCAUCAGCAUUGACAGAUACAUCGCCGUGGUUCAUCCCUUUGCAGCUAAAGUAUUCAGAAGCCAGAAAAUGGCCUGCUAUGGCUGCCUUGUGCUGUGGGUAGCCGUGAUUGGUUCUAUGAUCCCAUUUUGCAUGAUUACUCAAACCCACAGUAUUGCCAACAUAAACAUCACCACUUGCCAUGAUGCUCUAUCAUCUGAUGACCAAGCAUUCUUGCUUCCGUACGUCAUAACCAUUUUUGUUGUAGGAUUUACUCUGCCCUCAUGUGUCACUCUGUUCUGUUAUGGUUCAGUUCUCCGAACUUUAAUCAAGAAUAAAAAGAAAUACUUAUUUGCUGUCAAGAUUACAGCUUUAGUGCUGGUGAUGUUUAUUGUGUGUUUUGCCCCGAGCAACAUUAUUCUUGUCUUUCACUAUUCAUAUGAGAGUGAACAUGAAAAGAAAGAUCAUCUGUACUAUAUUCAUAUGCUUAGCCUGCCUGUCAGUUCCUUCAACAGCUGCCUUGACCCUUUUAUUUACUACUACUUAUCUGAUGAGUUCAGAUCCAAAGUUAGAUCUGUACUGAAGUGUAAGAAAAAGUCAUACAAUAUAUCAGAUCAAAAUACCAGCUCUUCAUCACAACCAAAGUCUAAAGGAACCAUAGUAUCAGCAUUAGAUUCAUGCAGGCAAUAGCCAGGUUGAGCAACACUAACACAUAAAUGCAUUUUAGUACUAAAAGAGUGUAUGUUUUAUAAAGAAUAUGAUUUCUGAACAAACUUCAGACUACAGACCAACAUGUGUAAAUACAGCAUCUUCUGUUCCAGUUUGAGGAAGCAAAAAGUUAAUCACCCAGUGUAGCCUUAAGUGUCAAAGGAAGACUAGUAAGACUAAAAAAAUAAAAAAAAAGAAAUAAAAGAAAAAAAUGGAAUAUGACCCUAAUUGCAUAUAGAAGAUUUUAGUUUAAUUGCACCUUUAGUUUAUCUUAGAGAUCAGUCUCUAGACAUCAUUCUUGCCAUAAUGUAUUCACCAGUCAGCCAACUCAUUCAUUUUAUCCAUUCAUCCACACCUCACUCUGUGUUCAUUUUUCAGCUUUCUUUUAUUGUCACAUGAAAAAUAUAACUGCUAGAUUGAAACCGUGUGCCUUCCAUGCCUUCCUUACGGCAAGGCAGAUCACUAAGACUACAGAGAGACAAGAAAUAGUUAGAAUAUACCAAUUCAAUUCUGCUUGUGGGGGUUAUAAGAACCUCCCAUAGACUAUGCACUCAUUUAUAGGCAAACAUGUAAUAGAAUUAAAUAACUAGUAAAUGGCUCUUACACUGAUUAUAAAACUUUAAGGUAAGCAGAUGAAAAGUAAGAUUGUCCAGUUACAUGUUAAUUGUGUUUUACUAGUUAAUACAGAAAAUUCAAUGUCAUGGUGAAACUUAAACUCUGAAGGAGAGGGCAUACUGUUUAACGCUUGUAAUUUCUUACAGUUUUAUGAGGCAGCAAAACUAAAUGAAGUACAUCAUCAAUGGUACAGGAUCUUUCUAUCUUAAUGAAAAAACAAUAUAUUUAGCAGCUGUUUUACAUCAUGGCUGUCUCUGGGUUGGAGUUCUGCACCUGGGUGUUGUCCAUUUGGAGUUUGCAUAUUCUCCUAUGUUUCUAAGGUUUUUCUUUUAACAUUUCCAAAGAUGUGAAGGUUAGGUCAAUCAGUGGUUCCAAACUGGCCCCUGUGCAUGAAUGAGUGGACACUGCAGUGGACUGUUGAAUUAUACAGGACUCUUUCCUGCCUUGUGCCCAGUGCUCCUGGGAUGGGUUUUCUCCCCUUUGAACCUGAACUGGACUAAAUGGGUUUGAGAAUUCUAUGUUAGAUUUUGUACCUACUGAUGUAAAGAUGUUACAUGACCACCAUGUUAGUAUUAACUUAAAGCAAAAAAAGUGUAAUGUUUUGCUGAUGCAAAGACAAAAAUGCAUUAAGUUUUAAGUCUGACUUUAACCUAAGCAGAAGUGUCAUCUAGAUGUAUCAAUCAAAGGUAAUGUUGUUAAAAUGGCCUAAUUGUUCACUGUAAGUUUUUACCUUUUUUUUUUCAAAA